AUGAAGACGUCGAUUCUGUUAGGAGCUGUUGGCCUCGUGGGCUCGGCGGUGGCGUUUCCACAGUACUUGGAACGUCGCCAGGCCUGGGAACCUCAGGAGUGGAUAGCCCCUGGGCCUGGAGACUCUCGCGGACCCUGUCCAGGCUUGAACACUCUGGCCAACCAUGGAUACCUUCCUCGGAAUGGUAAAGAGAUCACUUUGGACAUCCUUAAAGAUGGCAUGCUCGACGGAUUCAACAUCGAGCAUGCCGACGCGGUGAUUCUAUUCUCUCAAGCAAUCAGGACUAGUCCAGACUAUCCUGGGGCGAAAAGUUUUGACCUUGCCGAUCUUGGCCGCCAUGGUAUCUUGGAGCAUGAUAUCAGCCUUAGCCGCUCUGACGAGUAUUUCGCUGACCCGAACCCUUUUAAUGAAACCGUCUGGGCUGAGACAGCUUCAUACUUUACCACACCAAUGAUCACUGUGGAUCAGCUUGCCAAGGCCCGCAUGGCCCGGCUAGCGACGUCAAAGAAGAUAAACCCCGAGCAUGAUCUAUCUCUGCUCGCCGACGGUUUCAGCUGGGGUGAAUGUGCCUCCUUCUUUGAGAUCAUGGCAGAUGGAACUACUGGCACUGUGGACAAGAAGUUUAUCGACUACUGGUUCCGGAAUGAACGCAUGCCAACCGAGAUUGGCUGGCAGCGACGUAACGUCACGAUGCGGUCAUCAGAACGAGUGAAGUACACUCUGAAGCUUAUGAAGUCUGCCGGCGUCUAA